AUGUCCAUCCGCUUCGACCUCGACAUCGGGCCCAAGAUUGAAUUCGUCUCCCCGCCUGAUGCCAUCACAGAGGAGGGCAAGGUUAAGCUACUGCGCUGCGCCUUCCCAGACUGCAACCCGGAUUGCGGGUACAACUUCAUCUUCUACUUCACCAUGCCAGACUGCACCACGGCGGCGGCGCAGAGCUUCUCGCAGACGGUGGCGCCGCCUACGACAGGAAACACCGUGCCGGAGCUGUACGGCGCGGCCUUCUACCGCCAGAAGCACGACCCUAACGUGCCGCGGUGCUACGUGCAGCAGGUGUUGGUGCUCCUCUCUCACCUGCCGUACUACAACGUGCACGAGAUCAUCCUCCGCGUUGUGGCGCCGCGCUUUUGCCAGUGCUGCCCGCUCUCCCCAGAUACUGGUAAGGUGCCUGUGUCCAGCUCACUGAUCCCCGUCCCGGAGGCCUACUUCGAGUUUGACCAGUCCUACAGUGCCGAGCACUACACGCAAGAGGGCGUGCUGAGUGACGCGAUGGCGGAGCUGGCCCAGUGGCCCUCGCCUCACCCGCAGACGCGCUACACGGUGACGCUGCUUCAGCAGGCCCUCGUCUUCAUUACGCCGGCGCACUCACAGCGGCAGUCAAGUCGCGCCACGCGCAGCAGCUGCGCCUCGGUGCGCAGUGCCAUGUCGGUGGACAAGCGAGUAGAGUUUAUGGAGGUGGCACGAGGCAGCCCGCGGCACCGAGCCAGCGCUUUGGGCAGCGACUUCUUGCCCCUCUUCAGACUCCUCGGUGAGCAGCUGCAUCAUCUCACGCACGUGUGGGAGUUGCUCAUUCGCCACGAGCCGCUCUUCAUCCUCAGCAACACUCCCUGCAUGGCCUCCGCGGCGGCUUUCAGCAUCGCGUCUCUGGUGCUGCCCAUCGAGUUCAGUGGCACACUGCGGUCAUACUUCACAGUUCAAAACGAAGACUUCCCGCGACUGAGUCGGAUGGGCAAGGUGCUUUCUUUCCCGACAAACGAGGGCCUCAUCGUGGCCGGUACGAACCCGUUCCUGCUGCGCAGCUUCAGUGGGUGGCCCAGCUUGAUGGUCGUGAUGGACGGCAACACGUCGAUCAUGGUAAACGGCUCGAUCGCGUCGCCGCCACCGAGUGCGAUGGCUGGGGCGAUCCCACCUUUGCCGCAGGCCAGUCCGCUUCGCUCGCAGCGGUCAGGUGCCUGUACAGCAGUGUCGCUGGCUAGCUCUCUGCUGCGUGCAACGCUACCCGGGGGGCCGAUCGCCAAAACGUCGCCGCGGCCGCCGUUGAAUGGUGCCCACGCGCGCACGGCGUCUGGACAGGAGCCCUUGUCGGUGGCCAUGUGCAGCAGCAACUCCACUACGUCCCUGGGUAGUGGGUCCACGAGCGCGCACCAGCACAACAGCCUAGGCGCCCCUGUCACGGUGGUGCCGUCGAGUUUCAGUAGCUUCAACGGCAACGGUGACGUCUUCGCCGAUGUGGCAAGUCGAAAACCGAUCGUCUCCUCCGCCUCGUCCAAUACGGUGGACCUGCCCGCCACCUACAACGUGGAGUCACCAACUUACAUCUCGCCGUUUGCCUCGAGCACGUCGCGUGACUCGGCUCGCCGAGUGGAGGCGGCGCAGCAGGCGCAGCGCUCCGAGGAUGGAAGUCCAGCUGGGGAGCACGCGUCUACGUGCGCCCUCGGGGAGUCUCCGGCGCAGCCCAGCAGCGGUGUCAGCAGCCACGCGGAGAGAUUCUCACACGGGCGAGAGUAUGCUCGUCUCGGCAGCAGUGAUGCAACCUUGGCGGCUGCGGCUCACCUAGCGCCGGCCCCGAUCACCAUGCCGUCGCCUGUCGACUUCUCUGUCACGCUCUUCACAACGGAUCACUACAAGACCGCCGUGGAGUCGGUGCGCGCGGCCGAGCACGAAAGGCGUGGCAGCGCCAACCACGACGACUCGCGCAAAAGCCUGCAGCAGCGCCUCCACAACUACUUCGACUCUUCUGUGCACUUCUUGUUGAACCACGAGGAGCAAACGCAGAUGCUGCUGAAGCGUCUACAGAUGGUGUCCCUGCUUGACGAGGAUGCCCAGCGGGCAUCCGUCUCACUAAGUCUUUCGCACUGGCACGGUAAUCCGCGAACGGUUUCCUCACCGACUACCAGCAGCAAAGGUCUGCUCUUUGCCUCCCCGACGCCACCGCUGUCCUCAGCGAACACUAACAGCGCCUCCGGCCACUGCGCGGAUCCGGCGGCGGCCACUAACGGCAUUACGUCGUGCUCGCACUUCUCCGUCGCCGAUGAUAUGGUGCGCAAGUUCUUCACAUCCCUCACCUCCGAGUUUCUCACACCUGUCACGGCGUGGUUCCAGAGGGUCACCGCCCCGUACACGGCCUUCCACCUGUGUGAUCGCGCCUUCUGCGACACGCUCCUGACCCCUUCCAGCUUUCUCGACGACUUUGCGCAGCGGCACCGCGAGACAGCCCCGUCCAUGUGGACCCAGCGACACUCGUACAAGACGUACAAGGUGGUGUACGAGCGGUUCGCGUACGGUUGCCUCUUCAAAGCCUAUGUUCUCCAGCUCGUGGAUGGGAGCCUGCGGCAGCAGAUGGAAGACUUCCAGGUGGAGGACUGGGUCACCCGUGUGCCCUCCGACGCGGAACGCAUUGAUCUUCUCAUCAACCUAUUCAACACGGUCCAACGGGAGCUGAACGAAACCCUCGAUCCAGACGUGCUCUUCGUGACCUCUGCCACAUCGGUGCUGGCCAGCAUGGCCGUGGUGCUGCAGCAGCCUCACCGGGAGCAAUUUAUGCUGAAGAUAGGCGAGCUGAAGCUAUGA